GAUCCAACAUAGCGCCCCCGAACAGUCUUUCCUUUUUCGUUUCUAGGGUUUCUCUCUCCUCUCUCUCUCUCUCAGUAUAUAAUCUCUCUCUCUCUCCUUCUCUUACCGAAUCCAAAAUACAGAGUUCCCUGAAAGAGAGGGAAAACAAAAAAAGCCGAUCUUUUUUGGUUUCUUUCUCGUGCAUCUCCAAUACAUUCUCACCACCGGAACUCGAUUCGAGGUCACCGCGGGAGGAUAUGGAGGGACGCGCUGCGGAAGAUGUGUUUAAGGACUUCAGGGCUCGAAGAGCUGGUCUCAUCAAGGCUCUCACUACUGAUGUACGCAGGUUUUACGACAAGUGUAACCCUGCCGAGGAAAACUUGUGUCUCUACGGACUACCAAACGGAUCAUGGGAGGUUAACCUUCCUGUCGACGAGGUCCCUCCUGAGCUUCCUGAACCAGCUUUAGGAAUCAACUUCUCAAGGGACGGUAUGUCAGAACAAAACUGGGUUUCUUUGGUUGCAGUUCACUCUGACUCUUGGCUCAUCGCUGUUGCCUUUUACUUCGGCGCACGUUUCUCAUUUGAUAAAAACGAGAGGAUGAGGCUGUUCAAGAUGAUAAAUGAUCUCCCAACCAUUUACGAGGUUGUAACUGGCAAUGCAAAGCCAUCCAAGGAUCAAUCUGCUAACCACAACGGCAGUAGCAAAAGCAAGUCUAGUGGUGUCAAGGCUCGCCAAUCUGAAUCUCAGACUAAGGCUUCAAAGAGAUCCCCACCACCACCACCACCACCAAGAGAAGAAAGUGAGAGCGGAGAUGAUGAUGAGGGGGAAGACGAGGAUGGACAAGGAGAGUUUUGUGGUGUGUGUGGAGAGAACGAUGAUGGAGGAGAUGAGUUCUGGAUAUGGUGUGAUACUUGUGAGAAAUGGUUCCAUGGGAAAUGCGUGAAGAUCACACCUGCAAGGGCGGAGCACAUCAAACAUUACAAAUGCCCCAGUUGCUGCAACACCAACAAGAAACAUAGAGCUUGAUAAAAGAAGGAGAUGAUGAUGAUAUAACAGUUGCAUUUGAUUGUGUAGUCUGAAUGUGAUUGAAAAAACAGCUUUUACAGUUUAGUAAUGUCUCCUUUUUUUUCUUUUUCUUGUUGAUUUCAAAAUGCUGUGACUAAUUUCGUCUUGUGAUUCUUAGAAAAUUCUUGUC